CGGCGGCGCUGUGGCUCGCUGGGAGCCGGGCGCCUGCAGACACAAAGGCUGGUGGGUUGUAUGAGCAACCGGGGAGCCGGCAAAGGGAAAGCGAAAGCCGGGGGCGCGGCAGGUGACGGUGAAGGCGCUGCGCAGUCCUCCGAACCCUCCAGACGUCGGCGGUACCGGCGCCUGCACUCCUGCGCCAGUGGGGCCGAACCCGCGCGCCUCAGCCAUGGCUAUCGCCCACCUGGCCACCGAGUACGUGUUCUCGGACUUCUUGCUGAAGGAGCCCUCGGAGCCCAAGUUCAAGGGGCUGCGGCUGGAGCUGGCAGUGGAUAAAAUGGUCACGUGCAUCGCGGUGGGGCUGCCCCUGCUGCUCAUUUCGCUGGCCUUCGCGCAGGAAAUCUCGAUCGGUACCCAGAUAAGCUGUUUCUCCCCAAGUUCCUUCUCCUGGCGUCAGGCUGCCUUCGUGGAUUCUUACUGUUGGGCUGCCGUUCAGCAGAAGGACUCCUUGCAGGGCGAUUCUGGACACCUUCCACUGUGGCUGCAUAAGUUUUUCCCCUACAUCCUGCUCCUGGUUGCCAUCCUCCUGUACCUGCCCUCCCUGUUCUGGCGUUUUGCAGCAGCUCCUCAUCUUUGCUCAGAUUUGAAGUUUAUCAUGGAAGAACUUGACAAAGUAUACAACCGCUCCAUUAAAGCCGCAAAGAGCGUGUGUGAUCAGGACAUGAGAGACGGUGCUGGCCCAGUUCUGGGUGUUAAUGAGAACACAGGACAAAGUUUGUGGGAGAUCUCUGAAAGCCACUUCAAGUACCCAAUUGUGGAGCAGUACUUGAAGACGAAGAAACACUGUAACAAUUUGAUCGUCAAGUACGUCAGCUGCCGGUUGCUGACCCUCAGCAUAAUACUGUUAGCGUGCAUCUACCUGGGCUAUUACUUCAGCCUCUCCUCCCUCUCAGAUGAGUUUGUCUGCAGCAUCAAGUCGGGGAUCCUGAGAAAUGACACCACCAUCCCCGAUCGGUUUCAGUGCAAGCUCGUCGCCGUCGGCAUCUUCCAGCUGCUCAGCUUUAUCAACCUCAUGGUGUACAUCCUGUUGGCUCCCGUGGUUGUCUACACGCUCUGUGUUCCGUCCCGACAGAAGACGGACAUUCUCAAAGUGUACGAAAUCCUGCCCACUUUCGAAGUCCUGCGUUUCAAGUCUGAAGGGUACAACGACCUGAGUCUCUACAAUCUUUUCCUGGAGGAGAACAUAAGUGAGCUCAAGUCCUACAAGUGUCUGAAGGUGCUGGAGAACAUCAAAAGCAGCAGCCAGGGUGUCGACCCAAUGCUUCUCCUCACGAACCUUGGCCUGAUCAAGAUGGACGUUGUCGACGGCAGAGGACCCGAGACUGUGGAGAUGAUGGCACAGGAGGAGGAGGACCCGACAGCAGAGCUCAAAGAUUUGAAUGCACCCAGUGAAACUAAAGUAAGCAAUGGAGGGAAGGAUGCUCGGCAGAGACUUCUGGAUUCUUCUUGCUGAAGGUUUUUUCCUUUCAACUUGAGAUCUGUGACUUCUGUGAGGUGGGAUUUGUAACGGCUGAAGCACUCGGUCGGGUUUCCAGCUGGUUUGCAGCCAGUGCUUCUUGGUAGAGACACUGAGCGUGUCUUAUCGAGUCCCUGAUGAAAAUUACGGUCAACAGAAUGGUGUGGAAGUAAGGUUCAUGGACUUCCAACGAGAGGCACCAUGGAGAUAAGUGAACCACAGCAAGUGUUGAUGUGUAAGUCCUCAUCGAAUGGAAAGUGGAAAGGCUCAUCAAAGAGUCAUAGCCCUUUGAGUGCCUCAGAGGGACACCUUUCUGUGGAGAUAGUGCAGUGAGACUCAGAGCUACCAGCAAUGACUUUGGGAGGCCUUAUUUUUAAUUUGUUUUAGGAAAAAAUAAUAAACAUGUCAGGAUACAAUUUUAAUCUGAGUCUCCUCUGUGUUAAUAACUGUUGGACAAGAGAAACAUCCACCGACCCACAGGCAGUCCUGCUCCCGGUGGUGUCCUAACCUGGGGACGGUGCUGGUGUCUCUUCACACUGCUGCUUGUCACCCUGGCUAACUGAAAUCGCUGACCAUGGUUUGUCGCACUCUGCUGGGAAGGGCUGCGGGCCCAUGCACUGCUCUGACGGGAGACUUGGUGAACGAGAUGCG